AUGGAAGACGACUUACAUUUUAAGAUUCAGAUGUAGGAGAUGCCAUCAGCUCCAUCCAAACCAUUAAUUUAAACAUCAACAGACGAGCCAACUAAACUGUCUGUAGCUUCAACUUCGGAAUCGAUUCCGCUUUAAACAUCAAACUAUGAUUUGAAUCAUGCAUCACAUCCGAAAGCCUGCAUUUUUACAUUUUUGUUCAAAGCACUUGCAUUAAUAUUUUAUCUCAUAUUUGGUGAUAGCAUUUGGUCAUUUAUAUUGGUGAUAGUCUUUUCAGCAUUUGAUUUUUGGACUGUCAAGAAUAUAACUGGAAGAUUGUUGGUUGGGUUAAAGUGGGAGAAUAUAAUUUUGGAAGAUGGAUCUUCAAAAUGGGAAUUCUACUCUAUGCCAAACAAAUAGGUGAAUGCAGUGGACAAAACCUUCUUUUGGACAGCCCAAUUAGGAUUUACUUUGGCUUGGGCAAUAUUUACAUUCUCAAACAUGAUCUCAUUUACGUUGAUGAAAUUUGUAAUAGACGUAAUCGGAUUGUCAUUAUGUUGGACAAAUUUGUUUGGUUACUAUAAAUGUAAUGGGGAUCAUAAAAAGAAAAUGAAAGAUUUGCAAGGUGACAUUACAAGCAAAGUAGUUACUUAAUUUGUAGGAUAAAUGAUGUCGAAAUGA